AUGGAAGCAAGAGGGAGGAGUAUUCCACAACAUUAUCGUCGACCUUCUUGUUAAAUGGUUUUUAUAGAGUUGGAUCGACCACAUUAUACGGCCCUUCCCUGGGGUUUGAUCAGGAAAUGAACCAGGCCAGAUAAAAGUCGUUCUCCGCAGAUUUUGGAUAAUAUCAUAAUUACAAUUGACCAAGUGUUAAGGCAUGCUUGGCAAUAGUCAGGUCCUUGAAAGGAUUUCCUAAAUUUAUUGGUUUAAAAGGCUGAAUCAGACGAUAGAUAGAGUUAUGGAAGAGAAAGUAUGUUCAGCAGCUGGGAAUAGGUCACAAGGAGGAUCGUUGCUGGCCGAUCAAAAGCUCAGCCCCCCAUCACCAUUAAAGAGAGCUAAUUGUCAAGAGGAAGAAAACCCAACAAUUAGGACUAUCGAAUUUCUCCGGGCUCGAUUGCUGUCCGAGAGGUCUGUUUCUGAGGCUGCAAGGCAGAAGGCUCAGCAGAUAGAACAAAAGGUUUGGGAACUCGAACAACAGUUGGAGAUUGUAGUUGAGCAGAGAAAAAAUGCGGAGGAAACCAGUCAACAAGCCCUUACAAUGUUGGAAAAUGGUACUGCGCCCUUUGAGUCUGGUACAUAUGAAGAUGGAUCUGCUUUUGAGCUCAAACGUUUUGACCGAGUAAACAAUGCCACUUCUUUAGGGCAAACCUCUGACGUAGAGGAGGAUGAAACCUCAACCAUGGGUAGUGGAAGCGAGAAAACAUUUCAAAAUUCCAAUGAUUCAGAUCCCUUUGGCCAGUCACAUAGUCUAUGUAUGGGAUUGUCAUGGCAAGCACGUGAAAGUUCUCCAACUCGAUACGAAAAGAAUGCAAAGAGAACCUUUCUACCAUCGGAGCAAAUGCAUCUCCAGAAUUUUCACCAUGAAGGUAUUUCAGAAGCAAAUGCCGGGUCAAUAAGACGCAUUGGAAAGUCAUGCCGCCAGAUCAAAAGAAAAGAAACAAGAUCAGUCACAGAGGAGGAAUCGAGGGCUCUAACUGCUUGUAGUGAAGAUGAUUCUAAGAAAUCUAGAGAGUCUUCAAUGGAAGAAUUUGUUCCAUCAGAGCAAACAGAACCAGUGAAAAACAUUAGUGAAGUAUUUGAACUUUUGUUGCAGAAAGAUUUUAAAGGAACUUCCCUGGCUAGAGACCAGAAAACAAGUUACCGAGACUCCUUAAAUCAAUUUGCAGAGGAAAGAGAAGAAAUUGAUCUGAGUAAUGGCGGGAUAGGCGAACAAACUUCAGGAGGAGAUUUCACGGCAGGAUUGUACUCAGAAUGCUCAUCUCCCUACUCUUCGGAAGAUCAAGGGAAAGAAAUUGAAUCCAGAAGUAAUGAAGGGAUCGAAAUGGAAAGAGUACUAGAGCAUUGGGAAGAUCUAAAUGAUCAGUAUGCAGCAGAGGAGAACGCUCAAAGAGAAUGGGAAGAGAGGUUUAGAGAGAUUAAUUACUCAUCGGAGCAAAGCAUGGAUUGCUGCAAACAUAGAAAGCAAACCAUGGAAAUAGAAGCAAAAGAGAAGGAAGGAACUUGUUUGAACAGGUCAAAGACCUCUCUUGUUAUGUCAAACAGUGACAAAACAGAAAAAAUUCACAGGCCUUAUCAGUACUUAUCUGAGAGAUCAUGUCUUUGCCAUUCUGAAAAGUUAGUCUGCAGCCAUUGUUGUGAAGCUGAGAACGAAGUCAUACAGAAAAUGGAUAUAAAUGAAUAUGAAAGGGAUCAUGUUCAUAAGAGUUUGCCACCUUCAGAGUCCUAUAUUUCUUGCAGGUUGAUCUGCAGCUCUGAUGUUUCUUCUGUUAACAAAGUAGAAGCUAGAGAAGCAGAGAAACUGACAGUUACAAAUGACAUUUUUGACCAGGAUAUUCUCUGUGCUGAGAUAAUGACAGGGCAAGAGACACGAGGGAACUUACUGAGCCUUGCCCCUAGCUUUAUAGGAUUGCAAGCUUCCGAUGAAGAGGAGGCAACAAUAGACUGUAUUACACUGUCAAGUGAGAAGGCAGCGCAAAAAAUAACCAAAAUUUGCUGUCUCGAUAUUGGACCAAGCUUAACUGAAAAUGCAAUCCCUGUAUUUGAAGACCACGUUCCUAUUGUGCCUCAUGCAAACAGAACUUUGGAACCAUCUGUUCUUGCAGUCCAUGAUAAGGUUCUCGAUGCAAAUACUGCGUAUUUGCUUGCAAAGGAUGCUACAGAAAGACUGUCAGAUAACAUGCAAUCAACUAGUGAAAUGGUCAAUGUUGGGUCCAUGGCACAAACCAUGGAGUCACGUAAACCUUUCACUGAAAGGAAAAUGGGACCAAGUGAUCACACUUUCUCAAGUAGUACAGGCAUGAUGCUGACUACAGACGAGAAGCCUCAUGAUGUUUCUCAUGGAAGUUCUCUAAGGAGCACUGCACAAAUAACUGGAGCUUUUUUUCAUAAGAAAGGCAGAGGAUAUUCCCAAAGCCGGCAUGGCAGCUGUAAUGACGAGCAGGGGAUUCCUCUCCUGCAGGGACUUAAUAGAACUGAUACAAAAGCAAGUGCAAUUUGUCUAAGUAUGCAUCCUUGUGUUUCUAUGAACCCCAUGAAUUAUAUGUCAACUCUUGAGAUGGGAGAUGUGCAAGUGAAAGAACAGAUAAAAACUAAAGAACAUUAUGUCUCAACUGAUUUUCAAGGUAGAAGUACAAAUGAUGUGAAGAUUAGGACAAUGUCACAGGAAAAUAUGAAUAAAGGGCGUUUCAACGGUCAGUUUGACAAAAGUACUGGCGUGAGUGAGAAUAAAGUGGCAACUACAAAUGGCAUCACACCUGGUCGAGCGACACAGAAGGUCGGAGGAGCUGGUUUCCAAAUUCCUCAUCAUAGAUUUAGAUCUUCAAAUCAUAUGAAUAGGGGACAUUUGUUUGUGGAAAAUUGCUUUCCAGAAAAUAUGUUUAUUAGGUCACAUUUUCUAGAUUCUUCUCAUGUUAUGGUGAAUAAGAUUGACAUGUCUACUGGAGGUCGUGAAGAAUAUGCUAGCCUCAAUCCUAUUAUUUAUAAGGGUCAUUCCAGGGGUCUAUUUGGUGAUAAAUUGUCAAUUCCAACCGCAGGAAGUGCUGACGGUUCUAGCAUGAGAGAAUUUGCACCUUCUUUUGAGGCACAUGCUGAAAAAGGUGCAAGAGAAGAAUCACAUACAUCCCAGAUAAAUCAGGACCAUUUUGGAUUUGCUGGGAGAGUUGAGCCUGUUCAAUAUCAUCAGAAUAACUCAUCUAGGGAUGUAGUGACGGCACUUCAAUUUGCCAAGUUGCAAUUACAAAACAUUUUUGAUAACAAUCAGUCAGUGAAUCAACACCCAAACAUACCUGCAAGCUCAAUGCAGGACACACACACACAGAAAGUGAUGCAACGAUGCUAUAUUUUGGAAGCUCCUCUCAGUUGUAUUGAGCUUUUCCGGCUACCUUCUGAAUCAGAAUGUAAACUACCUUCUCAAGUUAGAGCCUCGAGGUCUUUAUCUUCCAAAUUUUAACAACGGUUUCUUAAUUGAGUUUCUUAUGAUCUUUGUGCCAAUGGAAGAGUUCCUAAUAACUUAACUGCUGCUGUCAGUGGAAGAGAAAAGCCCAAUCUGUACAUUAAGAACAAUCAUAAUAAUGGAGAUCUGUCUAAGAGCCGAUGGCCUUCAGCAGAUAAUUUAAAUGGACAGCAAAACUAGAAGGAAGCAACUGUCAGUAGGAACAAUCAUCUUCAGCUUAAUUGUAGAGAAAAAUAGACAAGUGAAUAAAGCUGGUGCCAAGUAGAGUCUCAUCCAUGGCAGACAAAAGGCAUAGAAAUAGACAUUAUGUCCCAUGUUGCAUGAGAUGAGUAUCACUGCUUGGUUGUCCUAGUUGUAGAUCUUGCAGGUUUUCUGAGGAACUAGCAAUAUUUGUCCUGUUGCUGUCUGUACAAGAAAAUAAUUCAGUAAGCUGAUCUGCAUCUUGCCAGCAGACAUGUUUUAAGUU